AUGUCACGUGUGUAUCGCAGCGAGGAUGUUGUGUCAGAAGAAAGUGCAGGCUCGUUUCUCGAGCUCCUUCCCUCUGGUACGCCUGUUUACUAUUAUAACCAACAGUGUGCUAUGGAGAGCCUCUUUCCUAAGUAUUCGGUCGAGGAUCGCUUUAUCGUCUUGAAACACUUUCCACCAGAGACAUUCGCCGAGCACGCGGAACAAUUGCCAGGACGCUGUGACUAUUCGCCAUCACUUCACAUUCUCAUUAUCACGAUGCCUAGUCAACCACACGAAGCAGGUGCCUCUAUGUUUGAGGUACUGAUUAUGACAGUCGCGCAAGAGAUGAAGGUCAACAGACUGAUUGCGCCAUGCGGAGCAACUCUUGUGGAUACUCCUGGCCGAAGCAAGCAGGCAGACCGAUCCUGGAUGCCACGCCGCCAAGGGAGAAAAUUCCCAACGGUGGCAUUAGAAGUUGGCUUUUCAGAGACAACAGCAAAGCUGGAGAAGGACAUUGCUUGGUGGAUCAAUGGAUCAAAGGGUGAAGUGAGAAUGGGGAUUACGGUCGAUAUUAAGAGAGGAUCUGGCCACAUCGAAAUCAAAUCCUGGACCCCAGCAAUCGAGCCACCACUACGCGAUGUCUAUGUCACCGCAGGCGGUCGCCACGUUGUCGAUAGACGCAUCAACGAUCCCCUAUCACCUCGAAUGGCUCAGAGAAUCCUCAUAAAGAAAGGGAGAGAUGGCUCCAGUCCUACUAUUGAAGGGGGGCCUCUUACUGUGCCAUUCCACACCCUACUGUUGGAUGAGCCAGGAGAAGGCGAGGGCGAUUUCGUGUUGACAGCCGAAAUGCUCUUACAUGAUUUGGCAGAAUGUGUCUGGGAUGCGAUUGAAAACACUGAAAUGGUCAAGGCCAAGGAGAGGAACAAUUAUCAAACUGCGUGA